CUUCCCUUUCUACCAACACCAACCCCUGCAAAGCCUCACAUCACAACACAACAACACAUCCAAAUUACCCCCACCGUCGCCCAGCUUUGCACCGCUGACCACUUCCACCCUCAAACCCGCCUCAUCCCCGUCAAGCAGCCCCAAUUUGCGGCAUCGACAAGAACCAAACAAAACACAAUACCCCACAACAACCAUGGCACCCCCCAAAAUCCAAACCUACCACUGCCUCUGCACCUCCCUCCUCCUCUCCAGCACCCACACCCUCUCAUCCCUCCCCCGACGCUCCUCACCUUCCUCCACAUCGUCAUCUUCCUCCUCGCCAUUAUCAGAUUCCGCAAUAAUCCUCCCUCUACCAAGCACACCACCAGUUUCCUCCCUCACCCUCUCCACCUCAUCCAAUUCCAAUCCCAAUACCCCACACGAUGAAGGAGUAGAAGACGAACAGAGAGAAGGAGCCAGUCUACCAGCAGAAGGAUAUACAGUCUUAUUAGGGUUAAUACCCGAUCGCAAAACCACCAUAAUAAGGAAAGAAGAUGGGUUCGAGAAACGGAUUCUGUAUCGCUGUUCGAGGUGUGGUCUGAUUGUGGGGUAUGAGUUACAAACUCCCCCGGCACAAGUAACAGGACAUAUACCAAGUGGAGGAGAUAUCGAGAUGGGUGGGGGUGCGAAUGGGAGUGAGAAAGGAAAAGGAACAGAGAAAGAAGGAGGGGGAGGAUAUGAAGGGAAGGUGAUUUAUAUCUUGCCCGGAGGAGUGAUGAGUACGGAGACUAUGGCUACGGGGAGGAAGAUUGGGGAGGAGGAUGUGGGGUUUGUGGGGACUGGGACGGGUGGAGGGAAAGGUGUUGCUGUGUUUGAAUGAGCGGGAACCCGGGUCCUUUGAUGGAAUGAGUUGGUAACAGAGGGAAGGGAGGAGGACCAGAAUGGUGAAUGGGAGAGAGGAGGGAAGGAGAAUUGGAGGGAGGAGGGAAGGAGGGAAGGAGGAUGGAGGAGCAACGGAGUUUGGAUUCAACGCAGAGGAAUGCAUUGCGAUACCAUCGGGGGAGUGAGAUGUGAAGAAUUGGUAGGUCUCUUUGUCUGUUCCUGGGAGAGGAUCAAGGGACGGACGAUAUAUUGUACUCCGUGCAGUGCAUACCAUUGCCAUGCGAUAGACGAGCAGAAGAGAGGACGUGCUUUAUUAUCAGACGGGAAGGAAGUCAUAUUGCAGCAUAGCGCGGAGUUACGGCAUUCAAAAGGAAACGAACAAGGGAAUACGAACACAUCAUAGACAAGCAAUGUCAAUUCCAGUCAGGAAGUAAUUCUGCAUGUCUCAGAAAUCAAUGCAUUAACUAUCUUCUGCUUCGAUGCAGU